UUUUCUCUGGUGUGCUGCUGCUGUAGGAGUGGGCUGGUUCUGUGUCUUGGAGUCUUCCUACAGAGGAAAGACGAAGUUUCGUACCAGUUGUGCUUCCAAUCCAGUGGAGGUUUCAAUAGCAGCGGCGCGGCAGGGGAGGGACGCACUGCCAGCGCUCAGGAUACCCACUCAUACACAUUCGCACACACUCUCUCACACACUCCUGUCCACUAGAGACCAGUUAAAUCCGCAAGAAAACUGCAAACACGCACCAGAGCAGUCGUCUAAUCCGAUGGAUAGACACCAACAAUAGAAGUGAAAACUGAGGGAACUACUGGACACUAUAGAGGACAACUUGUGUUUUGAUUCUUCUUUUAAAUCGACAAAGCAUUUUUGAAAUCUUGGUGAUAUCAGAGUGGAUUUGAGAACACGAAGCUCCUCCAUCACUUAACUUCGCCGUUUCAUAUUCGGAAAGGUCCAGAUCCUGUGUGGUUCCAUCCUUGGCUCCCAGGCUUCCAUAUACUCCACUCCCUUCAAUCCCCAUAUUGGCCCUGAAGCGACAGCCGUGGUGGAGCGCGCUACUGAGGACCUACCAUAAAUCUGCCUUCAGUCAUCCUUAAAGAAAACACACAGAGGCUUCAGAAUGAGGCAGUGUAAAGGUUGGAGUGUGCUGCUGCUGCUGGUGGUGCUUUUGACGCUGGGAGCUCUGGCCCAGAAACUGCCCACAAGAGAUGAAGGGCUCUUCCAAAUGCAGCUCAGAGACAAGUCAUUGUUCCAUGACUCCUCCGUCAUACCAGAUGGAGCUGAGAUCAGUGGCUACCUGUUCAGGGACACACCUAAAAGGUACUACUUUGCGGUGGAGGAAGACAACACACCUCUGUCUGUGACCGUGACACCUUGUGAUGCUCCUCUGGAGUGGAAACUCACUCUGCAGGAGCUGCCAGAAGAGGCCAGCGGAGAGGGAUCAGGACAUCCUGAACCUCUGGACCAGCAGAAACAGCAGGUGACAGUAGAUGAAGGGACGGAGCUCUUUACCUACAAGGGUAAUGAUGUGGAGGCCUAUGUGGCCACCAGCACGCCCUCUGGCCUCUACCAGCUGGAGCUGCUGUCCACAGAGAAAGACAGCAACUUCAAGGUGUACGCCACCACAACCCCAGAGUCUGACCAGCCCUACCCGGAGCUGCCCUAUGACCCUCGUGUGGAUGUGACGGCCCUGGGUCGUACCACUGUCACCCUGGCCUGGAAGCCUACGCCUACGGGCUCUCUCAUGGGCCAGCCUGUCCAUUAUUGUGUGGUAAUCAACAAGGAACACAAUUUCAAGAGCAUGUGUGCUGCUGAAGCUAAGAUCAGCACUGAUGAUGCCUUCAUGCUGGCUCCAAAACCUGGCAGAGACUUUAGCCCUUUUGAUUUUGCGCAUUUUGGCUUUGUUCCCUCUGGCAGUAGUUUUGGUAAGGACAGAGGGCCGACAAGUAACAAGAUCUCACGGAUGCUCACAACCAAGCCCAAAGCAUCAGACAUUCAGAAGGUGUGUAUUGGCAAUAAAAACAUUUUCACUGUGUCAGAUCUGAAACCGGACAUACAGUACUACUUUGAUGUGUUUGCUGUGAAUACUGCUACCAACACCAGCACCGCAUAUGUGGGAACCUUUGCCCGCACUAAGGAGGAAGCUCGUCAGAAGACAGUAGAGCUGAAGGAUGGCAAAGUGUCAGAUGUGUUCAUCAAGAGAAAAGGCAGCAAAUUUCUGCGCUUUGCUCCCGUGUCUUCCCACCAGAGGGUCACUCUGUUUGUCCACACAUGUCUGGAUGCCGUGCAAGUGCAAGUCAGGCGGGAUGGCAAGUUGCUGCUCUCCCAGAAUGUGGAGGGGGUACGGCAGUUCCUGCUGCGAGGAAAGCCCAAAGCUAAGUAUCUGAUUCGCUUGCGAGGUAGCAGGAAAGGAGCCUCCACUCUCAAGGUGCUAGCCACCACAAGACCCAGUAGCAAGCAGCCCUUCCCUUCGCUUCCAGAGGAUACCCGCAUCAAGGCCUUUGACAAGCUGCGCACCUGUUCCUCUGUCACUGUGGCCUGGCUGGGCACGCAGGACCGCAACAAAUACUGCAUUUACCGUAAGGAAGUGGCUGAUAAUUAUGGUGAGGAGCAGCGACGCCGGGAACAGAACCAAUGUGCUGGGCCAGAGACCCGCAGGAAGUCAGAAAAGGUCCUCUGCAAGUACUUCCACAGCCCGAACCUGCACAAAGCUGUCACUACAGAGACCAUCACAGGUAUGGAACCAGGCAAGACAUACCUCCUGGACGUUUAUGUGGUGGGACACAGUGGUCACUCAGUGAAAUACCAGAGCAAACUGGUCAAAACAAGGAAAUACUGCUAAAUGACUUUGUAAAAAAUAAAUCUAUUAUAAAUAUAUAUAUAUAUUAAAUAAGUUUAUUUAACUCUAAGUGAUAUUCUACUAAGGAGUGUAUACAGACUGAUUACUCACACAGCUCAUGGGCCUAUGGCAGUGACUGAGCUGUUUGUAGAGAGAGAUAUCAACCUGUAUAUUUAUGUUUACAUUUCAUUGUGGCACGUCUGGGUGGCCCAUAGCGUGAGCUGCUUUGUUUCCAGGCUUGUCGUCUUGACAUCGUGUUGCCAAUGGGGAGGCAGAACUUCAAAGAAGAUCAUCUUUCAUCGUGUAUGUUUCUUUGUUGCUGCAUGGCAUUUGCUUUUGUCUGUCAUAUUUGUCUGUUCUUUCAUUUCCAAAUCACAUUGACCCAAGGAGAUCCAGUAGCUGACUGUAUUCUAUAGAAUUCUCACAGCAUAUUCACUACCUGUUUUAGGAGAAAUUUAAAUUAUUUUAUACUGUUUGUCUCUCUUUUUGUCUGUUUUUAUUGAUGACAAUAGUAAGUGAUACAAGGAAGUUCCAGGUUUAUGAGAAAAUUGUCAUAGGUCAGACAUUCCCUUAUGUAUUUCAGCCACUGUUUGCUCUAGAGCCCAUCUUGUAAAUGUGUUCAGUGCUGGAGAUCUGUGUUAUUAUCACUGUAUCGCUGUGUGUGCGCGUCACAUGUACAGAGUUGUCCUUGCAAUAUCCAUGUACAUAAACACUAAAUAUAGAACAAGUAAUCCCUGUGUCACCCUGGGUGUCAUGUUCUUUUGCCAAGCAGUUAACAUCACAAUCAUGGCUCUGAAAUGAAAGAGCACACUGCGUACUGUGUUCAUAGACUCAGACGCUUAUAUUAGGGUUGUGUAAGCAAAACUUGAUACUUGGAGAUUUUGAAUUGAUGACUUGAUCCUAAAAAGGAUUUGUGGCAAGAAAAGACUGACAGAGGCUGAAUUAUUUGCUGGAAAUAACUUGUAAGACUUAUUUUCCCAGAUCACACAAGUUGUGCUUAAGCUCCUCGAGAAAAAGUAUUACCUCUUGUCAUCAUCAUUUGCAGUUAAAUCUGUCUCACUGAUGUACAUUUUCCUAGAUGUACAGUAAUAAAUCCAUGCAUCUUA